UGCAACAAUCGAACCCAGUGCAUAGUGAUCACAGGUUCUGAUGUCUUCCCAGACCCCUGUCCAGGAACCUACAAAUAUCUGGAGGUCCAGUAUGAGUGUGUUCCCUACAGUAAGUAUGAACUUUCCAUCAUGCAUUUAACAGUUCUCUGCCCUCUUCUCUGCCUCUCUUUCUAUUAUUUCUCUCACUUUCUCUCUUUCCCUUCCUCGAUCCAUCCCUGUAUCCCUCUAUAUACUCUGAUAAUGUACACUACCGGUCAAAAGCUUUAGAACACCUACUCAUUCAAGGGUUUUUCUUUAUUUUCUUUAUUUUUACUAUUUUCUACAUUGUAGAAUAAUAGUGAAGACAUCAAAACGAUGAAAUAACACAUAUAGUAACCAAAAAAGUGUUUAAAAAAUCUAAAUAUAUUUUAUAUUUGAGAUUCGUCAAAUAGCCACCCUUUGCCUUGAUGACAGCUUUGCACACUCUUGGCAUUCUCUCAACCAGCUUCACCUGGAAUGCUUUUCAAACUGUCUUGAAGGAGUUAUGACAUAUGCUGAGCCCUUGUUGGCUGCUUUUCCUUCACUCUGUGGUCCGACUCAUCCCAAACCAUCUCAAUUUGGUUGAGGUCGGGGGAUUGUGGAGGUCAUCUGAGCAGCACUCCAUCACUCUCCUUCUUGGUAAAAUAGCCCUUAGACAACCUGGAGGUAUGUUGGGUCAUUGUCCUGUUGAAAAAAAAAUAUAGUCCCACUAAGCCCAAACCAGAUGGGAUGGCGUAUCACUGCAGAAUGUUGUGGUAGCCAUGAUGGUUAAGUCUGCCUUGAAUUCUAAAUAAAUCACAGACAGUGUCACCAGCAAAGCACCCCCACACCAUAACACCACCUCCUCCAUGUUUUACGGUGGGAAAUACACAUGCUGAGAUCAUCCAUUCACCCACACCACAUCUAACAACGACACGGCGGUUGGAACCAAAAAUCUCCAAUUUGCACUCCAGACCAAAGGACACAUUUCCACCGGUCUAAUGUCCAUUGCUUGUGUUUCUAGGCCCAAGCAAGUCUCUUCUUAUUAUUGGUGUCCUUUAGUAGUGGUUUCUUUGCAGCAUUUCGACCAUGAAGGCCUGAUGCACACAGUCUCCUCUGAACAGUUGAUGUUGAGAUGUGUCUGUUACUUGAACUCUGUGAAGCAUUUAUUUGGGCUGCAAUUUCUGAGGCUGGUAACUUUAAUGAACUUAUCCUCUGCAGCAGAGGUAACUCUGGGUCUUCCAUUCCUGUGGUGGUCCUCAUGAGAGCCAGUUUCAUCAUAGCGCUUGAUGGUUUUUGCGACUGCACUUGAAAAAACUUUCAAAGUUCUUGAUAUGUUCCGUAUUGACCUGCAUGUCUUAAAGUAAUGAUGGACUGUCGUUUCUCUUUGCUUAUUUGAGCUGUUCUUGCCAUAAUAUGGACUUGGUCUUUUACCAAAUAGGGCUAUCUUCUGUGUACACCCCUCUACCUUGUCACAACACAAGUCAUUGGCUCAAACGCAUUAAGAAGGAAAUAAAUUCCACAAAUUAACUUUUAAGAAGGCACACCUGUUAACGGAAAUGCAUUCCAGUUGACUACCUCAAGAAGCUGGUUGAGAGAAUACCAAGAGUGUGCAAUGCUGUCAUCAAGGCAAAGGGUGGCUAUUUGAAGAAUCUCAAAUAUAAAAUAUAUUUUGAUUUGUUUAACACUAUUUUGGUCACUACAUGAUUCCAUAUGUGUUAUUUCAUAGUUUUGAUGUCUUCACUAUUAUUCCACAAUGUAGAAAGAAAAUAAAGAAAAACCCUUGAAUGAAUAGGUUUUCUAAAACUUUUGACCGGUAGUGUAUCUCUCUGUACACUCUAACGUAAGAUAAAUUCAAAUUAUUUGCAAAAGUAUUGGUUCCUAGGGAGGAUCUAUAUACAUUUUUUCAUCUCUACACCAUUUGUCAAUGGACCGUGUUGAGGUACGUUUUAAAUAUAUGACGAUGUUAGUGGAGGGCUAUAUUAAAAUAAUACAAUAAAAGGUGUGGUCUAUUCAUCCCUCAGAUACAACAAUCUUAAUAUGUCUCCGAAAUGACACCCUAUUCCCUUUCUUGUACACUACUUUUGACCAGGGCUCCAUAGCACUCUGGUCAAAAGUAGUGCACUACAGUAUAUAGGGAAUAGGGUGCACUUUGGGAUGCAGACCUAGGAUUGAUAUCAGCAAAAUAAUCACCACUGCUCAUUGCAAUGGUUCUAUGCAGUUUCUGAACAACAGGUGUUGAGAUCUGUAAACAGAUGUUUCGUAUGAAGGAAAACAGAAUGCCUCCAAUUAUAUCAUUCAACAAUGUUACAUGCUAAAUUAUAUGAUUAACAUUUGUCUCUUGUCACUUGGAUGCUAAAAUAUUCACUGUGACUUAGCUCCAAAAUAAUCUAUAGUCUAUAGAUACCUCUUGUCUGAACCUUGGCCUAAUAAUGUUGUUGAUAUGCAAGUACAAUUAAUUGCCAGGAAUUCAAAAGAAAGGGAAAAUCCACUACAAAAUGAUAUUUUGGUAUGUUGAUACAGUCAUGAUGAUGUGGCCGUUGACACUUUGCUUCUUGAAAGUCCAAUAUCUUGAAAACUUGACUGCUGACAUGCAAAACAUUUUGGGACUCUAUCAACAGUGGACUAAUGAAAAAAAUACUUAAAAGAUAGUUUUUGAGUGGAUUUUCCCUUGAACUAAAACGUAAAUGAUUUGAUCAUGAUCCACCUCUACUAGCUGCUUACAAAUAUAUUCUAGCUGUUAAUGUGUUUGUGAGCUCAACAUACUAACAUGCACAUCGUGUAGAUUUUACCACUUAAUCAAAUUAUUCCAGACUAUCUGAGAGCAUCUGGAAUAAUUAUAGUCUAUAGUCUAUACGACCAAAAGCCAGUGUUCCUGCUCUAACUAUUCUCCAUAGAAUGUUCAUCUGAAUAGCUGAGUGAACAACAUUAGAAUAUAAACCACAUUACAAGGUAAAGGUUGACCUCUCCAAGGUUUUAAGACCCAAAAUUAUUAAUGAACUAUGUAAUAAUGAGUAAUAGGAUUAAACUACGAAAGCACAGCAUAAUUCAUUAUUUUUAGCUGAAAAUCCCUCUCCCGGUAUUGUUUUUCGGGAUCUUGCUCUCCUUGUCUCAAAGUUAUAGGGAACUAUCGAUCCAUCUCUUGCUGUUUUGCUUGAGACCUUAAUCAUAGGAUUAGCCCCAAGGUCCACCUAGACACCCUGGCAUUCAUCACAUACUGUACACCCUCAAUAUUUUUCAGGGGGUUCCUGCCCCUUCUUGUGCCAAGGAAGCAGACAAACUUCCCUCGGAACAUGUCAAAGGAACUACGAGGUCAUUGAAUCCCAGCUAUAGGUAGAUUUUUGUAAAAGAUCCCAAGCAGACCCUCUCUACACUCUUUGGUUGAUCCAUAGAGUCCAUGCAUGUAGCGCCAUGUUUUUGCUUCUUAAUUUCCGUAAAGGUCCAUGUCCGCCCAAAAUAGGACCGAGGAUACAGAAUGUGUCGUAUAGCAACUGCCCUGGUAAGUUCUUAGUGUCCCCCCCCCCCCCCCCCCCCCCCCCCCCCCCCCAGUUCAGCCCUUUUACCACCCACCCACCCCAGCUAGACCACCCUGUGUUGUUGUAGACUGUGUUCCAUGGGGCAGUGCUGUGUUUGGUUUUGUUUCCCCCCACCAACCCCUUGUCUUUCCUCACACAAGCACCCUACCAGUGACAAGGUGACUACCCCUAAGACCCUCUAUCAGAUCUGUCUCGAGCAAAGAAUUGCCUUCACUGGGCAAUAUUUUGUAAGCUUCUGCAUAAGUGUAGAGAUAUUACCACUUUUACCAGAGGGAGUAAAUCAUAUGGUGAACAUGAAGAUAUUAUGAUUAAAAACCUUGCCCUGGUUCAAACUCUUAAUAAAUAUGGCCCUUAGAGAGGUCCUAGGAAAUAUAUUUUUCAAGUCAACAUAUUAAAUCCCUAUUAAGCCAAUCAACAAGUGAGAUGAGUGAAGACCUAUCAGUAGACAUAUCCAUCACCAUUCUAGACUAAAACAAGGCUUCUAGAGCCUCUGCAACAUAACUGACAAUCUUAUAUCAGAAUAUAUCCAACACAUUUUACCUUUACCACUGGCUUGAUGUAAUAUGCUGUGUAAUUUAUUCAUUUCUCUUGUCCAAGCAUUCAAAUCAAACUGGGCCAUCUUCGAUACGUCUUGGAUCUUUCAAAGUUGCCCAUACCAACAAAAACCUAUAUUUCCACCAUCUGUAUGGUUAAAAUAUCUGGUUAUAUCUAACCUCUAUUUCCACAGUCUACCGCUUGUUCUUAUUUGGUUCAUGUCAAGAGCUAUCCUCAUUAGGCCCCAUUAUCUCUUUGUUUAGGCCAUGGAUGUGGGUUGGGCCUUCACCUGGCAUCUAGUAGCCCUCUGAAUUGCCUGCGUUAAUUGCCGGGGCGAUAUAAAAGUGACAUACAAGUCUUCAUUAACACCACGGCUGUUGCUACGGCACCUUAUAAAAAUGCAGAGGCAUGCAAACAUAUGUUAACAGGAUUCCAAAGCAGUCAGACCUAAUUUAGUUUUAUGUCAUCGUCUGCUAUCAUAGCUAUUGUCCAAAACUGUACAAUAUAGAAACAGACAGAUAAUUAUUUUUUUCAGGCAAAGAAAAUAGGCAAAAUGCUUCAGCUUAUGUUCCAUCACAUUUAAAUUUGAGAACUUUACUCUUUACAUUUGCUGACAUUAGUAGCAUAGUUUGCUUUGCUCAUUUAUAUUAUUUAGAGUUUGCAUUAUUCCACAAUUUAAUUUAUUUCCCCCUGGAUGAGACUGGAGCCACUGAUUGAGUCUAUUUAGUGGUCAGCAGGCUUCUGAGGCCAUGGAGUGCAGCCAAUACAUCAGUCUAGCCACACCAGAAAGUACAUUACAUGCAAAUCAAAGGAGCCUCUGACUAAAGCAAAUAGAGAGGUUUUGUUCUUAGUCAAGGUUAAAGUAGAGUAAUGAUUAAAUAAAGAUAGAACAUUCAUGUUUUAUAUAGGUGCAUACCUUAAAAUAGUCUCAUAUGUUUGGUGAUAAUGAUAGCAGGGUUUUGGUGCUAUCUUGUUUUUGUAAUGCUGCUCUUUAAAAUGUUAUUCACUUCUCUUCUUCCCUUGUGCAAUCUGCAGGAGACUUCCUUGGCUCCCUGACUGUCAUUAUGUUCCUCUACUGACCAGUUUCUGAUGACCUUUUUACUUUUACACUAAUGUCUGCUCAGGUCUUCCAUCUUGUCUCUUCUCCUUUUUCAGAUUUCCGUCUUCUUCUCUUUUUAUCUAGCUGGCUGUGUCUGAACAUUUCUGCUGUCUGUUAAUUUGUUUACAUCUCUGCCGUUUAAUCUUGUAGGUAGCCAGAACUCUGCUCAUUCUUAACCCUGCCUUCCUCGCACUUGAAUCACUUGCAUUUUUGCAGAGUGGAGGGCAUACUCAUGCCUCUCACUCUUUCUCUCUUUUCACUCUCCUUUCUACAUACUUGAGAGAUAUAUUGUAGAACAGUAAAAUAUGAUGUAUUGUAAUGUAAAAGCAUCUUUGUAUUCUAUCUGAUUAAAUUGACAGCCUCAUGAAAUCUUUGCUAUUGAUAUUGAUUGGUUUUGCUACUCAAUGUCCCAUUGUGAAAAACUAACAGCUCAUUGAAUCUAUAUUAUAUUCUUGCUUUAGAGUACUAAUAGGCAGUCUUUAUAUGAAAACAGAUCACUGUAUGUAACACUUAACACUAUUUCCACAUUUUGGUUUGCAUUCUUGUGUUUCAUUCAAUAAGAUUUUCAGAUCGAUGAACUAACAAUUCACAUCUCAAGUUUUCCAGGAUACAGUGCAACUCUGAGGAUGUUAUUUGUACAGUACAAUGCCUAAGUGAGUCAAUCCACUGUCAAUCCAAAAAUCAAAUGGCACUAUUAUCUUUAACCUCAAUCUACACAAAUAAUUAAGUGCAAUGUUUACUUUGCAACUUAAUGCAUGGUAAAUGUCAAAACACUGCUACACUACUUUUAGUAGUUAUUUUAACUGAUCUACUUCCUCAAUGGAGACAGGGGAAAUAAACCACAAAUGUCAGCAGAUGCUUCAGGGUUUGUUUUUGUUUGCACCUGUGCUGCCUAAAGUCAUACUCAGCAGGUGCCGGAAGCCUUGGUGCAAAAAUAUUAAAUCACCAACUUACAGUGUAUCAUAGAUUCUAUAUCAAUCUGUAACUAUUGAAAUAGGCCUUGAAACAUCUAUAAAGGUUGGAUCACUGCAAUAUCAUACAAUAAACUGUGAACUGCAGGCUCUAUUUUUGAACCAAACUGUUUAACUGUUAAUUACCAUUAUAGGACUUAUUUUAGACCUCUGGUUUCAUUACACAAAUUCUAUAACUAGUACUGUAUUGUUUAUUGCUAGCACAAACAAAGGGUUGUGUUUGGUAUUUGUGUUGUUUACCUGGGUCGUGUCCAUUACAGCAUGCAACUGAAAAUGUUUUAAAACGUUUUGAAACGGAAAACGAAAAUGAAUGUUUCUCAUUAAUGUUACUAAUGUCCAGGUAGCCCCACACUGUUUCAGUAAAAAGAAAAUCCAGUUUGUGCCUACUGAACACGACCCUGGUGAUCAGAUUGUUUUUAAAAGCACAAUGUACAGAUUCCUCUUUUAUGGGACUCAGAUCCCUUUCAAUAGGGUUAUACUGUAAAUUGAUAUAAUUUGAGUUUUUUUUUGUGGAAAUAUUUGAUAGACAUAUGAUAUGAAUAAUUUACUCUGUUAGCACCAGAGUUACUUGGUGUAUAGUUUGUUGGUCAAUUGCUGUUCAUCAAAAAUCACAGCAAUGUCAUUAACAUUAUUUUAUCAUCUGAUGUUCAAAAAUAUUAUUUUAAUCUUCACAUUAAGGUUACAACCAGAUAUAUCAAAAGUCAAAAUACUGUAUUUGUUCUCAAAAGUGACAACAGUAGUCGCACUAGCAGCUCACAGACAGUUGACCUGAGUAUAAAAUGAACGUUGUUGUGGCCAAGUGUGGUUGACCAACUUUCUAUAAACCAAGCUUAACACUUAGCCAAAGCUCCAGACAUUGUCCAUUUGGACCUCUCUUGGUGUCCUAACCUUAAUCUUUCCCUCGAGAUAGUGGGUCAUCUGCACUGUCUGAUGGUGUUUACUGUAUCUCCUGUUUCUCUUUCCUUUCUCAAAAUAGGUCUACCUAUCUUUGUCCAUGUGUCAUUACAUGUUACUGCUUAUGUAACCAUAGAGAUGACAGUUAAUUCAUAUUAAUCUCUUUUUUCCUUGCACCCCUUUCAUUCUCUCUUCCAAUGCUUAAAAUAGAAGUGGAGCAAAAAGGUAAAUAACUGACACAAUCCAAACCCUAGCUCCUUGUUUUGUGGCAUAUGGUUGUAAACCUUCCUAUCCCCACUACGGUGUGCCAACCCCAUAGCAGGCAAUAGCAACAAAAACGGUCCCCAUAUAACAGUAACGGUCAGUAAACUGCAACGAUGGGAGUGAGACUGAUUAAAGAAAAAAGAUGAUAAAACACUAGCAGCAGUACAGCUGUAAGUGCAGAGUGUAGUAGCUGGAGUCCAUAGGGGUUUCUUCCCCCAUCCCCCUGGGUGCUUUUGCUACUCAGCACAAUCUCAUAUUGCCUGGCUUCCAAACCCCUCACCAUAGCAUGCCAUGGUAACAGUGUUUUCUGGCCCUUUGAAAUCUAUUGCUUCUACUGUCUUUUUCUCUCUUAGCGCCCUCUUCCCCCUUAUCCCUUCCCCCUUAUCCCUUAUCCCGUAUCCUGCCACUUGCUGCUCUUCUCUCCUUUGAUUCUUUUGCCCAUACUCAGAGCAACAACAAAACACCUCAAGAACACGCUCCCUUGUAACUUUAAUGGUUAGGACAUUUGCAACAUUUUGUCACAACAACAAACCUCUCAGGUAUAUGGUAAAAAGAGUGGUGUAAGUGGCAAAUGUCUCAGAAUACACAUUUUCAGACCUGCUGAAUCCUGCUCUCGAUUGAAACCUCCCGUCUGUUGCCAAAUGACUUUAGUUGGCUGCUUUUUUGUUUACAGGAUUUUUGUUUGGUUUUUGUUCUGUUCUAUUCUCCCCCUCAUUUGUUUUCUAUUCCCCUACAGUAGAUGUCUAAGAGGCAAGGCUUCUUUUGUUUCAGAAAGUUACGUUAUUACUUCAUAUACUAUACAUUUGCUUAACAACUUUCCUAUUCCUUUUUUUCUUUCUAUGCACAAAACCAAACUCCCUAUACUGCUUGUGAACAUUGGUUAUAGCUGUAGUUGUCUUUUGGCCACUUUAAUGUGUGUUUGACCCACUCUCUUUUUGGACAACCCGUAAAACAAAAUGGAGAAAAUAGAGAUAUCUUGACAUUGUCUUUUGCUAUUUUGAUGUGUUUCACUUGGAUGUGUUGACUUAAAUCUGUUUCUUAUUUUACUCUUCCCCCAUCACUAGUUUUUGUUUGUCCUGGGACUCUGAAAGCUGUCGGAGAUCCUUCCUUUCUCUUUGAAGCGGAGCAGCAAGCCGGGUCAUGGUGCAAAGACCCUCUACAAGCCGGUGACAAAAUCUACUUCAUGCCUUGGACUCCUUACCGGACAGACACACUCAUUGAGUACUCUUCCCUCGACGACUUCCAAAACGCCCGGCAAACCAUCACGUACAAGCUCCCCCACCGGGUGGAUGGCACUGGAUUUGUGGUCUACGACGGGGCCGUGUUUUUCAACAAGGAGAGGACCCGCAACAUUGUAAAGUUUGACAUACGGACCCGAAUCAAAAGCGGCGAGGCCAUCAUCAAUAACGCCAACUAUCACGACACGUCACCCUACAAGUGGGGCGGAAAAACUGACAUCGACCUGGCCGUGGAUGAGAACGGCCUGUGGGUGAUCUACGCCACAGAGCAGAACAAUGGCAUGAUGGUUAUCAGCCAGUUGAACCCUUACACACUGCGCUUCGAGGCCACCUGGGAGACGACGUACGACAAGCGAUCUGCCUCCAAUGCCUUCAUGAUCUGUGGAGUACUCUACGUAGUGAGGUCCACAUAUGAAGAUAACGAGAGUGAAAUUAGCAAAAGCUUGAUAGAUUAUGUUUACAAUACCAAACAGAACCGUGGAGAGUAUGUGGAUAUCCACUUUCCCAACCAGUAUCAGUAUAUCGCAGCUGUGGAUUACAAUCCCAGAGAUAACCAGCUAUACGUGUGGAAUAAUUUUUACAUCCUGAGAUAUAAUCUGGAGUUCGGACCACCCGAUCCCGCU